AUGGAGAACACAUGGGGCAUGCAGCCUGCACCAUCGGGAAUGAACUUCUCAGCCGCUCCAGCAGCUGCCAUGUGGUGGGAUACUUGCCCCAUCGGCGCGCAACAAUUCCGGGGAUCAACCAACGAGACACCUCCCACCCAGACUCACGAGCCCCUCGUCGAUGUGCUUGAGGAAAUCGGAAUUGGAUCCACAAACGGUUCCCAUACAAUUCUAGACAUCAAAGCCUUCAGAGAUUCAAUUGGAGACCGACCAAUAUUCAAUCGCUCGGUAAUGCUUGAUGCCGCAAAUCAACUUACUGCAGCUCGCUAUGGUCGAGACGUCACACUGACAAACUACCGUGGUGAGAGGCGGGUUCGCUCAGCGCAACGUCUACUUCUACCAAAUCAAAUACCUGUCUUGCUAUACGCCGGAAUACAUCAUCUUGUCGAUCAGUGGCAAGACGACCGCAUAAACAACGACGACAUAAGCCCGAUCUUGAUCGAUUCUGGUCAAAGGGUAGAAGAACUUGGCGAUGUUAACGACUUCAGCCAACUGAUGGCUAUGCUGGAUUUAUCCAAAAGACUCUGGCGCAAGAGUCACCUUCGCUCUCACUUGCUCGACAGCGUGCAAAAGCUCAAGCACACGGCUCGAAUCUCCAACAUCGUCUGCAUAGGCCUAGGAACGUUGCACACCUUAGACCCAAACAAGAACAACCCGAUAAUACAACACGUCGUUGCCUCUGCUCUCGCUCAAUAUCUAACACGAAUGUACGAAGCAGAAGGCAUGCCGCUCGAGAAGCCCAUCAGGAUCAUUGCGCAAGACCCCGCUUACACCCUCCGCGAUCGCCAGAUUCUUUCUAAGUUGCCUGUACCGAUCGAGGUAGUAACCGAUCCUGAAGGUUUCUUGGCCAUCAACGAAUCUUCGCUUGUAUACUCAGCCUUCGCGAUGGUUCCAGUCAAACAGAUAGUUGCUGAUCUUGCAGCCGCCACACCAGAUGGCAAAGGUCCUGCCGCUCUAUUCGUCAACAAUGACUUCAGGGACAAGAUUCACGGCAACGUCGACCGUGCCGUGUACGACCGAGAUCAACCGGGGCGCUUGGCAAACCCGGAGACGAAGCGUUAUCUGACGAUGCUCGGGUCUUACACGCGGGUCAUGGAUGGGCAAAAGCUGAAAGGGAUGUUCUAUCUCCGUACGUUCCCUACGGGUGGUUACAACUGGUUCACGGGUAUGGAUAUAUGGGCACGAGGAGAGUAG